UCGACUUCGGCUUCGAACCGAAGGGGCAGCCAUAUUGAAAAUUAUACCGAAUAGCUGGCUGUCAUUCUCAUGUGUGAAAAAAUCUUUUCUUUCGCAUUUUCGAUGAGUUUUGCUGUGCACAAAUUGUUAAAGGAAAUUUCAAAACUGUAAAUUUGCCGGUUGGCGCAGCUAGUAAAAAUAUAAACACGCGUCAGUGUUGAGGUUGUUGUUGUUGCUAGCAAGCAUUAAAAGUGUGCGAUUAACGCGCCGCUUCAUAUUUUUUGCAGCGACAGCACUAAAUUGUGAAUUGUUUGUGGUUCUUGCAAAAAUUCGCGCGGAUCCUAGAACUUGCAAGUGCCAGGAGCAGGAUACAGGGAUACAAACAUGAGCGGCAGCACGCCGGGCGCCGAAAGUGCCCUGGUGAAGGUAGCGACGCCUUCACCAUCACCGCUGGCUAAACUGGAUGUGGAUUUCACGUGUACGAAAUUCGAGAUGCACCCCUCGCUUUCGGAAGAGGAGCGUCGGUUCUACAUGAAGAUGUACCCCUACGUGGAUCUGGUGAACCAGCGGAAGGUGCACUGCACAGUGUGCAAACUGCAUCUGGGCACCGCGCCCGCAUCCGAUUCCAACAUCCGCAUGCAUCCCAUCCUGCGCGUGACGCACUGCGUCAAGUGUCACGACUUUUACAACAGCGGCGAGUUUUCCAAGGGCGAGGACGGUUCCGAGCUGUACUGCCGCUGGUGCGGGCAAGGAGGUGAAGUCUACUGCUGCUCCACCUGCCCCUAUGUCUUCUGCAAGUCCUGCAUCGUGAAGAACCUCUCCAAGGGCGUCAUCGUGGACAUUGAGCAAAACGAGCACUGGAAUUGCUUCAGCUGCACCUCCAAGAUCCUCUGGCCACUGCGCGCCCAGCACUGGGCCUUGGUUAACUAUAUCCAGACACAAAAGAGAGCCCUUCAAAGCUUGCAGCUGCCCGAGGUUGAAGCACGUCGCCAUAUGCUUAAGGAUAACAGCAACUGCUGCCGCCUGGCCAAGUCUAAAACUAGCAGUUUGUCCGACUCUAUGGAGAGCCUAGAGUCCAACGUCUCCAAACGCAGCCAUGCCAGCUCGGUGAGCUCGACAAAAAGAGGAUCGAUGCCGAAAGCCGGCUCCUCAGGGCCGCUAGCUAAGCGUUCAAAGCCUUCCAACGACGAAGUGGUCUGCACACCGGAUCUUCUUAGCAUGUUGGAGCCGGACUGCCAACUGUCAGUACAACAGAAGCCCUCGGGAAGUCGUCAGCCCGUUCCGGCGGCCAACAUCACCACCACUCCGAGAAUUGUCACCGUCCAGCAGAACUACCAGCCAUCACCGAGUUCCAGCAACAGCAAUGGGAGUGCAAGCGGCUCCUCUGCAAUGUCAAAUCCGCGCAACAGUUUGCCACCUCCGCUGGUGCUCAGUGGCUCGGGGAUUCGCUACCGGCAGCCUGCUCCUGGUGCCCCGAAUGUGGUGCGGCGAACCGUGGUGCCGAACUCGGUGAAGACCACUGGUCCUGUUUUCCACACGAUCAAUGGGUUCCGCGUGGAUUUAAACAGCGCAGCGCAACAGGACUCCUAUCGUCUGCCCAACGGCCGUUUGAUUCAGGUGAAGCGCCAGAUGCCGCAGGCCGGUCAACCGACACCAGCUCCACCGCCACCACCGCCAACGGUAUCCAUUCCUUCAGGUGUGGUCAUCCGCCCUAGACCUCCGAUUCCGGCAAACAGACCCGCAGUGCACAUCAGCAACUACGGCAGCAAUAUGGGCAUCUACAAUCCGCAGACGAACCAGCAGCAGAGGGCUCCGCAUGUGCGCGUUGGGAACGCAAAUCAAGUGGCUCCACCGCUACAAGGCCCGCCACUAAAUGCCAAUGGUGGCCAGACACUCAUGAUUACUCCUGCGCCGCUACCCACGCCUCCGCCGAAGGCACCAACUCUGGUGCGGCAGAGCUUCCCCAACACGCCGAUGGGCCAGGCACGCGCCCAGCUGCAGGAGCAGAUCUUCAGCGCCAUGGACAUCUGCACACAUCUCACCGGCAAAGUAUUAUCGCUCACCCACUCGAACGCCUACAAUCAAGUGCGCAACUUUAUGGAACUCAAGGAGCUGUACAUCCACAUGUCCUAUUUGAUGACCUACGCCAUCGGGCGGUUCAAAAAUCUGCAGGAGAAGUGUUUGGUGGACAUGAGGGAGAAGGGCUUCAAGAACGACGCCAACAGUCUGGAAAACGGACAAUUAGCUGCUGAAAAACAAGCCAGCGACGACGAGGACAAUGAAAUCGAAAUUGUGGAGCCCAAAACGGAUACGAUCACCAUCGAUUCGGACAACGAAGAUGACACGCCCUCGACGUCCACGCAGCCGCCUCAGCAGAAGGCAAUCAUGAAGAUAACCUCAGUGACAUCGGCGGCACCGAAAAAGGAACAAAGGGAAGCCCACAACCAGGUCGACAUCGAUGUGGCUGCCUUCAGCUCCACGAUAUUGGCCAGCCUAUUGGAAGUGGACAUCGGCGAGAACACCAAUCGCCCCAAAUCCGUUUCGCCAGGCCAAAAGAAGCAGCCGCGCAAGAAGACAACAAACAAGCCCAAUCCGGCGCUUUUGCAGCUGGAGCGCCAGCGAAUGGAGGACAUGAAGAAAUUCGAUGCCAAGCUGAAAAAGAAGGUUGUGAUCAAGUUAAGGCGCGCGGAGGAAGAGUUCGAGGUCGCCCGCAAAUGGAAGGAGGAAUGCCGCAAACAGGCCCAACUUGCCGCAGAGAGAAAGAAUUCUGUGGCAGAAAAGGAUCCUUCUUUGGAGGCCGAAGGACAGCAAAGUAUGGAGCCAGAGGAAACGUCAAGUUUGAAUGCAGUUGAAGAGAAAGAGCCAAAAGAUAAGGAGGAAACGGAGUCCCCGAAUGAACAAAACGCAAUUAAAAAGGUUGUUGAAGUUGACAAGGAAAAAAUCAAAAGCAAAGAAAAAAUUGGUGAUUUAUUAAAAGCGGCAAUAAAAGCAAAAAUAGGCGAAACGGAAAAGCAAUUGACGGAAGAAAAACUAACACAAGAACAAAGCAUAAAAACUAAAGAAGCUAAAACAUCGGAAGAACAACUUGCUUCGAAAGAAAUUGAAAAAGAAAUAGAAGCUGACAAUGAAAUUACAUUAACAAAGGAUAAAAAAAAUGAAGAAAAUAAGAACGCAUCUCAAAAUGUUUUAAAAAAGGAUGAGCAAGUAAACUCCAAAGAAAGUCCUUCUACUUCGGAAAUGACAGAAGUAUCUGAAAAGGUUUCGGAAAAAGAACUUUCACCUCCGAAAGAAAAAGUAUCAAAAUCUGAUACUGCAGAAAUGGAAGUAGACUUACAAACCAUUUUGGAUAAGAAAAAGACAGAUCAGAAGGAACAGAAAGAUGUGACAGAAGAAACGACUGAGAAAGAUCUUAAUCCAACUAUAAUUGCCGAUAAUGAAAAAAAGAGUCCCGAGAAAACUUCCGAUGCAGAAAUAAGUGAAAUAGAUGAACUCAAAGAAAAAGAAAUGGAAACGGAAAUAUCUGAGGACAAAGAAAAACCCGAAGAAAGUAAGGAUUCGGCCGAAAAUUGCGAAAAGGAUUCUUCAAUGAAUUCGGAAAAGGAUUCUGCUGAGGAUACAGAAGAGGUUGCAGAGAAAUCUGUGGAGGAAGAAAAAGUUAUUGAAAGCGAGCCGCUUACAGACCAAGAAAACUCAAACAGCGCGGAGGCCAUGGAAACUUGCGAUGAAAAUGGCGAGCCUUCCGUAGCGGAACUCAUAGAAAGCAUGGACGUAACCGAGCUUGUCGAAACUCCCAAGGAGUUACUUGACUGCGGAAUAGACGAAGACAUUUCCAUGGAUGGCAUUGAACUCUGUGCAGCGACUGAAGACUUGAUGAAUGCCUUGGAUAGUCCCAGUGUCCUGACUUCUGAAAAUACGAAUGACGAUAAGACUGAUCUGGAUUCGAAUGCUCUAAUUGAAGACCUUCCCCUCGAAACCUCAGAGCCGCCAGAGAUUCUUCUUAAAGAAGAUGAAAGCAAGAUGUCAAGUAAAUCCCAACGGUUCCCUAAAGAAAGUGAAAGCUCCCGCGAGAAUGGCGACAUCGCAAUCGAAACCACACAAGUUAGUGAGUCUGCUGUGGAUUCUUCUCAAACUGUUGGCUAGUUUUUCCAGGUCUUUCGGGGUUACAUCUUCGUGAAAUUAUAGCACUGGACCUUAAAAACCCUAAAAAUGCUAACAAAAUGCCUAACAAGUUUUCUGUAAAUAUAUUGUUUUGGUUAUACAUUUGUAAAAACUAAUUUCACAUAUUUAGUCCAUUUGCACCAAAAAAACAAAACAAAUGACUAAGUGUGCACAAAAAUAAAAACAAUUACGCAACUCAA